AUUAAAUACAAAAUACAAAGUUCAAUCAUUUGCUCGAUAGACAUCCAAAAAUCUCCUUAUACCCAAAAGAUAGUAUAUGAAGUGUUUAUAUCAACGCCUGCGCGUUAUGCGUGUGUACUGUGUAUUACAAAAUAAUUUACAUAAAAAAGAUCUGAAUCUUGCAUCGUUAUGUGAUUUUCAUUAACGUGAUAAUACUUGUAGUUAUAAUUAUGGCUGACCAAGAUGCAAAUAAUAAUAACCUUACUUUGAGGGAAAAUUUAGUGAAAACAGCAGUGGAAUUUUUACAAAAUCCUAAAGUACAAACUAGUCCUAUUGGACGUAAACAAGAAUUUCUUCAAAGAAAGGGAUUAACAGAGGAGGAAAUUAAAAGGGCAUUUAAAUUAGCUUCUAUUGACAUAACGAUUGAUCAAAAUGCUGUCCUCAAUUCAAGUGAUUAUACAGUGGUUCCUAUUCCACCAUAUCAGAUGCAUCGUUUUCAAACAUACCCAUACCAAAUAACUCUUUUCCAAAGAAUUAAAGAAUUCUUCAAUGCUACUGCCUUAAUUGGAGCUACUAUAUAUUGCGUUUACUGGAUCUACAAAAAAUUUAUCGAACCAUUUUUAUUUGGCCGGAGAAAGAAAGAUAGUAUAAGGGAUUCAGUUACUGAGUUAGAUAAGACUAUUCAAAAUUCCAUGAAAGAAGUAAAACAAUCUAUUUCUAAAGUUGAGGGAGAUGUUCAAAAGUUGUCACAGAAUCAUACUAUGGACCCAAUGAUACCUCAGUUGGUGCAAGAAUUGAAACAGGAUUUAGCUAGUCUCAAAUCGUUACUUUUAUCAAGAAAGCAAUUUCCAAGUGCGCCAGCAUCAGUUCCACCUAUAUCUAUACCAACAUGGCAAUUAGAUGCUGCAGGUACAAGUCAAGAAAAACCAACUGAACGAGAAGAUGAUGCUGGAAGUGGAAGUAGCGCUAAUAAUUCAGAUAGCUCUCUGGAAAUGAUCCGCGAAGAUCCACCUAAAGUGUGAAUCUAAAAUAGUUCAUAAACAUUCACUUCCACCAUAACAGUCUUCGAUGUACAGAAUAUUCUGUGAUGUCUAUUAAAAGGAAUAGAUGGUUUUGAUCACAUGUAAUAUAUAUUAAGAAUCGACGUUUUUACAAUUA